AUGAAUUGCUGGGCUCUUUCCUUGAGGUGUCGUUUCUUGUUUCAUGCUGUUGAAAUAUUCAUCUUAACUUAUUAUGACUCCUUUGUGUUGGUCAGCUCUCAGGGACAUUUCCCUAGGCUUGAAAAUGUGGGAGCUUUCAAGAAUGUGUCAAUCGUGCCAACUCAAGCCACUUGUGGGCUGCCAGAACGAAGUACUUUUUGUCAUAGCUCAGUAGCUGUUGAAAGUAUUCUGUCCUGCACCCAGAGGUUUUGUGUUCAGGAAUGUCCGUACAGGUCAUCGCCUUCUUCCUACAAACUGCUUCUUUCAGAAGGCCUUGGCACCUGUAUCACAGAGGACAAAAGGGACUUGCAUCCAGGGUCCUUCAGCAAUGCUUCCAGCUUUAUUUUUCAUAAUCACAAGGAUUGCUUCUCUACUCCCCGUUCUCUGAGGCUUGCAGCUUCAUUUACGUUAACUGUAUGGUUGAAACCUGAGCAAGAAGGUGUAAUGUGUGUAAUAGAAAAGGCUAUUGAUGGGCAGACUGUGUUCAAACUCACAAUCUCUGAGAAAGAGGCCAUGUUUUAUUAUCGCACAGUAAAUGGUUUGCAGCCACCAAUAAAAGUAAUGACACUGGGGAGAAUUCUUGUGAAGAAAUGGAUUCAUCUUAGUGUGCAGGUGUAUCACAGCAGAAUAAGUUUCUUCUUGAAUGGCUGGGAAGAUGACAACACACCUUUUGAUUCAAGGAUUCUUGUAGGACCAGUAGCAGAUGCUGAUGGUACACUGCAAAUUGGACAAAGCUUCACAGGUUUAGAGCAAUUUGUUGGAAGAAUGCAAGAUUUUCGGUUUUACCCAGUGGCACUUACAAACAGAGACAUUUUGGAAGUAUUCUCUGGAAAAUUUCCUCACCUGCAUACCCAAUCCGAGUGCCGCUGUCCUGGAAGUCAUCCUCGCGUACACCCGUUGAUACAGAGGUACUGCAUCCCUAAUGGUGCAGAUGAUACCACUAAUGACAGAGUGCUGAGGCUGGAUGCAGAAGCCCAUCCUCUGCACUACAUCAAUGAUGAUGACAUUGGGACCACCUGGAUUUCAUCUGUAUUUGCUAAUAGUGCAGAUCUGGAUCAUGGUGUUUCAAUCACAAUAGAUUUACAAAAUGGACAGUAUCAGGUAUUCUAUAUUAUACUGCAGUUCUUCAGCCCUCAUCCAGAAGCAAUAAGAAUUGAAAGGAAAAAAAGAGAUGAUCUAAACUGGGAAGACUGGCAAUAUUUUGCUAAAAAUUGCAGUAUUUUUGGAAUGGAUAACAAUGGAUCUCUGGAAAAACCAGACUCUGUCAACUGUCUCCAGCUUCGUAGCUUUACACCGUAUUCCCGUGGCAAUCUAACUUUUAGUGUUCUUACCCCGGAACCAAAUCACCGACCUGGUUACAAUGAUUUUUACAAUACUCCAUCUCUCCAAGAGUUUGUAAAAGCUACACAAGUGAGGAUACAUCUCCACGGCCAGUAUCAUACUAAUGAGUCUUGGGUAGAUUUUAGGCAUAGAUACUAUGGAAUUAAUGAGAUUACAGUCAGCGGAAGGUGUAACUGCCAUGGCCAUGCUGAUAAUUGCGACUCAGCUGUGGAACCAUAUAGAUGCCUGUGUGUCAAGGAAAGCUAUACAGAAGGAAAUAAUUGUGACCACUGUUUGCCGUUGUACAACGACAAACCUUUUCGUCCAGGUGACCAAGUUCAUGCCUAUAAUUGCAAACCUUGUCAAUGCUACAGCCAUGCAGUAAGCUGCCACUAUGACUUGGCAAUGGACCCUUUUCCUCAGGAACACUACAGAGGCGGUGGAGGUGUGUGUGAUAACUGUCAACAUAACACUGCCGGAAGGAACUGUGAGCUGUGCAAGGAUUUCCAUUACAGACAAGCAGGUGCAGAUCUUUCAGCCAUUGAUGUUUGCAAACCCUGUGACUGUUAUGCAACAGGCACCAAAAAUAAGAGCCUUCAGUGUGAUAAUAUUGGAGGCCAGUGUAAUUGUAAGAGACAUGUGUCUGGCAGACAAUGCAAUCAGUGCCAGGAAGGAUUCUACAAUCUACAACAGUCAAACCCUGAUGGCUGCAGUCCCUGUAACUGUAAUACCUCUGGGACAGUCAAUGGAGAUAUUACCUGUCACCAAAAUUCAGGCCAGUGCAAGUGCAAAGCAAAUGUUAUUGGUCUCAGGUGUGAUAGUUGCAAUUUUGGAUUUAAAGCUCUCAGAUAUUCUAAUGAAGAUGGAUGUGAGCUUUGUUGGUGCAACAGCCACGGCUCAGUGAACCAAUUCUGCAACCCUCUCUCUGGGCAGUGCAAUUGUAAAGAACGAGUGAAAGGACUUCACUGUGACACCUGCAUGGACAACUUUUAUGGGCUGGAUGUAACUGGUUGUAAGGCUUGUGAAUGUAAUGUUGCAGGGUCAUUUUCUGGAACCGUGUGUGAUGCAAAGACAGGGCAAUGUGCGUGUAAACCAAAUAUUGGAGGAAGGCAGUGCGAUGAAUGCCUCGAUGGCUACUACAAAGUACAGGAAAAUGAUUCCUUUAUUUGUCUGCCGUGUAACUGUGAUAAGGCAGGUACAGUAAUUGGCUCUCUGCUUUGUGACAAAUCAACAGGACAGUGUCCUUGCAAAGCUGGUGUAACUGGCCUUCAGUGCAGUCAGUGCAUGCUUCAUACGUACAACCUCAGCAUGAGCAACCUCCUCGGCUGCCAGCGUUGUGACUGUGAUGCUCUGGGCACAUUAGCAGGAACAGUUUGUGACCAUGUUUCUGGACAGUGUGUCUGUUUGCCUCAGCGUCAGGGGAGAAGGUGUAACGAGUGUAAACCAGGUUUUUACUCUUCUUCAUCCAGUGUCACUGGCUGUCUGCCGUGCCUGUGCCACACAGCUGGUUCAGUGAAUCAGGUCUGUGAUAAACUAACUGGCCAAUGUAUUUGCCAAGACGCUUCAGUAACAGGACAGACAUGUGAACGUUGCAAAGAACUGUAUUUUGGAUUUGACUCUGUCACAGGGAGAUGUCAGCACUGUAAUUGUCAUCCUGCAGGAGCCAUUAGUGGGACUUGUCAUCUUGUUACUGGACAGUGUUUUUGUAAACAAUUUGUAACUGGCUUGAAAUGUGACAACUGUGUUCCCGAUGCCAGUAAUUUGGAUGUCCACAACCUAUUUGGCUGCAGUAAAACUCCAUUCCAGCAACCUCCUCCUACAGGAGAAGUUCUCAAUUCCUCUGUCAUCAGCCUCUUGUGGAGUUCCCCUGACUCUCCAAAUUCUAACAGGCUUAUUUACCAGCUGUAUAGGGAUGAGGCUGAAAUUUAUACAACUGAAGACUACCACCCUUACAGUGUUCAGACCUUCACUGAUACCAUGUUGUCUCCGUACACCUUCUAUUCCUAUUACAUCCAAGUCAGCAAUGUUCAUGGUUUUACAAGAAGUGUCUCAGUGACAUACAGAACAAAAUCUGGGACACCUACGGGAAGCUUGCAUUUAAAUCCCGCCUUUCCUGUUAGUGACCACUCUGUUUUACUUCACUGGACAAGCCUCACCCAUGACUCUGGGCCCAUAGAGAAAUACAUUUUGACAUGUACUGGCUUGGUUGAUCUUCAACCUUGUGGUCAAUAUGAAGGCUUAGGAACUUCAGCAAUUAUUGGGAAUCUCUUUCCAUUUACAAAGUAUGUCUUUUCUGUGCAAGCUUGUACUAGUGGAGGCUGCUUAAAGAAGCAGCCNGUAACAGUAAUUACUGCACAAGCUCCUCCAGAAGGGCUGCACCCACCACUGGUAGAAACCAUCAGCUCUACAGAACUGGCUGUGGAAUGGUCACCACCUGAGAAACCAAAUGGUGUAAUUAUAAGAUAUGAACUUUACAUGAGAAAAAAAUUAAAGCCAGCUGGGAACUUUCUUCCUCCUGAAAUUCGUAUUUUUCAAAGCAGUGGGUGGCUCAGUCCUCAACCGGUUGUGGAGUCUCCUAAUGAAAAUGCUCUGGCUCCACCACAGACCACUACCACAGUCACUGAUCUGGAGCCAUUCACAGAGUAUGAAUUUUCUGUGCUAGCAGUAAACAUGGCAGGUAGCAUAUCUUCAGACUGGAUAUCAGGACACACAGGAGAGGCUGCCCCAGUGUUUAUGCCGUCUCCAUCAAUAUUCCCUCUUUCACCAUAUUCCCUCAAUGUGUCAUGGGUAAAACCUGAAGAUAAUUUAGCAAGAGGAGAAGUGAUGGGAUACAGCAUCAAUUUGAUGACUGAACAAAGGUUCUUGCCACCAGUUUCCCAGGUAUUCUUGUUAGUGUUGCAUAUAGCCGAGCCUCACGAGCUAUCCUAUGUAGUGAUGGAAUUAAAACCUUACAGGACAUACAACUUUACUGUUACUCUCUGCAAUCAAAUUGGUUGUGUAACCAGUGAGCCAGGCAUGGGGCAAACCUUAGCAGCUGCUCCAAGAAAACUAAGUGCCCCUCAUGUUGAAGGAAUAAACAGCACAACGGUGAAGAUAAACUGGAAUGAACCUGAAGAACUUAACGGGCCUUCUCCUGUCUACCAGGUGGAAAGGAUGGAUGCGUCUUUAGCUACAUGGAAUGUAGAAGUAGUGAAAGGGAUCCGUUUCCCAGGAAAUGGAUAUUACAGAUUUGCCAGUUCCACUCUCCCUGCCAAUACUUACUUUACAG